AUCCAGGCCACGGACUGCGUACUUGACUCGCCUGCUUGAGCUUGAGCCGCGGUCGGCUGCUCUCGCACCAAAGAGGCCGCAGUGUUUCCCAUUUCGAACCUCGUUUGCACCUCUAAAUUUCCGGGCGGUUAAUCAUGCCUGAUGACACGUCUGAUGAGGUGUGGUCACCGAAGGGGUCCGCGGAUGCGCCGUUCAAUCGGGAAAUGCGUAAGGCGACGCGCGACAUUCAUGCCGUGAGUGACGCGCUGGUCAACGGGAAACUGGCAUUAGCUUUAUCAGAUAAUUCGGUUUGGGCGGAUGGACUGUUGGUGUUUUAUGAGAUAUUCAGAUACCUUGAGGAAGCCAUGGACAGACUGAGAGACAAACCGUUGGGAGAGCUCAGGAUUGAAGGAAUGGAGCGAACUCAAGCAUUUGAAGCUGAUUUGAAGUAUUAUUUAGGGGAGGAUUGGGCCUCAUCAUACACUCCAAGAGCAAGUGUGGCAAGCUAUCUUCAUCAUCUCAUGGAACUUGAAGAAAACGAUCCUGAUCUUCUAAUUGCCUAUGUCUAUCAUUUAUACAUGGGGCUCUUGUCUGGAGGUCAAAUUCUUAGGAAAAAACGACAACUUCUGAACCGCUUUCCUGUACUUGCUGGGAACAAGAAGACGAGAUCAGGGGGCGAUGCUGUGUCGGACUUUGGGGGACGGAGCAUUUACCAAAUGAAAAAGGACUUGGUGGCAGCUUUAAAUAGUGUUGUAGCCCAAUUUAGCGAAGAGAAAAAAAAGUCAAUCUUGGAAGAAAGCCGUACUGUUUUUGAGUUAAACAACACUUUGGUAAGAAGUGUUAAGGGUGUAACUCAAGUAAUCUUAAGAAAUUUAGCUUUCUUCUUGGCGUUUAUCUUUAUGUUAUAUAUGUUAUUUAAAUUAUUUAUGUUCUAAUUGAGCUACAUUUUUAACAUUACCUGUGAAAUGCAGGUAUACCAAUGAAUUGUGAAACUAGCACUUGUGUGAAUUACAUCACACUCAUUUUAAAUUUGUUAUUAGCAAGUUAACAGCAAUCCUUCCUAGUUUAAAAAAAAAAGAAAAAUAAGUAAGAGCUGUAAUAUGUAUUCAAGAUUAGGGACAUAACAAUCCACACAGGAUGAUUUUCUGUGAUCUUAUCAUGUAAUAAACUUUUUUAUUUCACUAGAAAAGAAAAU